CUUUUUACCUUGAUCGCGCGAUGAGGCCGACGCGACAUCCCAAGUUCCACUCGCGAUGGCACGCAGCAGACAACCCCACUACCCGCUCCCGUCGACGUACUUUGCAUGUCCGCCGCUGUCGAAGAAGGAGGAAGCGCACUUCGUCAACCUCGGUGAGCAGUCGUUGCGCUUGUUUGUCGAGAAUGCGCUGAACCCGAUCGACAUGUCGUGGACGUCCCACGGCGAACACGGCGGCAUGCGGGUCUUCGAAGGUCCGCCAGAUCGCCGCAACAAGAAUUUGGUCCCCCACCGCGCCAUGUCGACGAUUCACGGCACCCUCAAGGAAGUUGCCAUGCUGCACGCAUACGAAACGAGGGAAUUGUGUCUGCACCACGUCGCCAGGUUCAAGGCUUCGUCUUCGUCUUCGCAUCAUCUGCUCGACUUGAUUCCCCUGUACAACUUUGUCGAGCGCACGGAAGACACCCCGUUGCGGCAGACGUACGUGAUGUGGCGCGCCGUGUCCGUAUCAAAUGUACCCAUGGUGAAAGACCGCGAUUUUCUCUACUUGGAGAGUCAGGACGAGUUCACGUUGGAGGACGGGCGGCGAGGAUGGGCAUACUGCCAACACUCGAUUGCGCUGCCCUCUUGUCCACCACAAGCCUUGUCGGCCAUGUCGCUUCUUCGCGGGUCCUUUUACCAUACAGGAUGCAUCUUCAUGGAAUCUGUAGACUAUCCAGGUGUACUCGACGUUCGCGGGCACUUUGCGAUCGACUUUAAGGGGAGCAUGCCGAUGUGGCUCCGUCGAUUGUGCAUCCAGAAACAGGCCGCGCAGAUUGGGAAACUCGAGCAGCACGUUCACGAGUUUCGACUGACGGCAGUGCCCAUCCGAUCCAUCGACGACUGCGAGUCCGUCCUCCCAAAGCAAUGUUCUCUCUGCACGCGAUCUCUGUCCAAGUUGUUUGCAUUGUCCACCACCAGCAGUCCAAAGCAGCAUUGCUGUCAGGUGUGUGGACUAGUUGUGUGCACCCGGUGCAACCAGCGAUGGCAGCGCCAAGACGAAGUCAUCAAUGUGUGCAUCAACUGCUCCAAGCACAUUCGACAUCGUGAAAGCAUGGGAUGGCAGGUGUACUCGACCAGAGGAGGGCGGGAUUCUGUGGGGACAAUGGUCUUGAAUCGGCCAUCCCGGUCCCGCAUGCUGCUCUCGAUCACGGCACCGACUCCGACGCCACAUAGCCAUCCACGGUCAGUGCUCCCCGUCGUCACAUUGGGCCAAGGCGACCACGGCGUCACCCACCGUUCGACGCACCCACCGAACGCGACAGAAACCAUGGACAUGACGGCAUUCGUUGAGCGGCAGACCCGUGUGCGGGAAGCCAAACGAGAACGAAUCCGCCAAGCCAUGUACAACGAACUCCCCCCCGGCAUGGAUCGGUUCGUCGCUCUCGACACGGUCCGCAGCGACCACACCGUGAACACGCGGCUGCACGACAGCAUCGUCAAGGUCCACGACUUGCUCGAGCAGCAAAGUCAUCUCAGUGACAACGAAGUCGACUCCACAAAAGACUCCCACGACCAAGACAGGUCAGUCGUGCUCUUGGACAGCGUUGCGGUGACGAGCGACCAUGUCGCGCAUCUUCUUUCCACCCGCGACGUGCCAUCGCGUGCUAUAACCGCGGAGCCAACACACUCGUUGGGACAUGGCAGCUGUGCGUCGUCGCUGUCGAGUCUGGACUCUACGAUAAGCUAUGUUGAAGAGCCGCAUGACAAGUCUAACGUGCAUCUCGUGCUGCCAGCCGUCGAUGCCUACGACCGGAACGACGCACCGUCGCUCUCACGGCUGGUUUCGCAGGUGUUCCAAGCAUAGCUCGAUCGCUUUUGCCGCCCCACGUCCUCGUAGAUAACGUACACGUCCAUCAUGCUCGUGGCAAUCGUUGAAAAGGUUUCGGUGGCGAAGAAUCGCAUCAAAGAGUGUUCUC